GGCAAGGAGAACAAGGAGAACGACAACUCAGCAGAAGGCGCCAUCCGGGAGAGUUACCGCCAAAAUGCUCCUCCUCGACUAUCAAAACGUCUUGAUCCAAUCGGUUCUUACCGAGCGGUUCUCAGGAGCUCCUCCCGUAUCGAUUGACCAGACCGUGUCCGACUUUGAUGGCGUUCUAUUCCACAUCUCAACCCCGGAAACCAAAACCAAGAUCCAGGUGUCGAUCCAGAUCCGGUGUUUCAAGGAUCUUGUCAAAUAUGGCGCUGAGCAGGUUCUCCGGCGCGAGUACGGCCCCUAUGUCGUCCCUCCCGAGGCCGGCUUUGAUUUCUCGGUUAUGGUCGAUCUAGAAACUCUGCCUGAGGAUAAAGAGACUCGCGACGAGUUGAUCAACAAGAUCUCCCUCCUGAAGCGCAAUGCUAUGGCUGCACCGUUCGAGCAGGCGUAUGGGGAGUACUACCAGCUGAAGGAGGCGGCAUCCAAGUUUACAUCCGAAGAGGCGCCGCAGGGUGUCCGGGAGGGCGGGGACGUCAAGGCCAUCCAAUACCGCGAAGAGGAGGCAAUCUAUGUCAAGGCCAGCCACGACCGAGUAACGGUGAUAUUCAGCACCGUCUUCAGGGAAGAGACGGACAGGGUAUUUGGCAAGGUGUUCAUCCAGGAGUUUGUCGACGCGAGACGACGGGCUAUCCAGAACGCACCACAGGUGCUUUUCCGAAACGAUCCGCCCCUCGAACUACAGGGCGUUCCUGGCGUGAAGAGCGCCGGCUCUGGAGAGAUCGGAUACGUCACUUUCGGUAUGCGCGCAUCGUCUCCCUUGCUUGCCCCAGUAUUGUCCGUAUCUGACUCUAUCAGUGCUGUUCCCUCGUCACCUCACGCCCCAACGAAUGCCA